AUGAAGCAAACAGAGCUAAGAGGUCGCUAUAGAGAAGCGGCGGGAAGAAGGAAGAGAUUUGUCAGAGCUGACAGAUACCUCGCUGUCCCCCGGCCGUCGCCUCUGGUUCCAUCAUCUCCGCGUCCUGUGUCUGCGGCGGACAUGGCCGAGCUGAAAUAUAAAGGAACCAGGCUCCAGGGGGCAGCUGAAAAUUUAAAUCCUUUGGCCGGCCUGAAAUAUUCACACGAGUCCGGAGUUUAUACGGCUCAGCUGCGCCCGCCAGUGAACUUCACCACCUGUCCGUAUAAACUUCUGACCGUCACGCUGCGGCAGAAAGCCCUCAGCCAAUCUUCUCCAGCGUGUAAGAGGUAUAAAAAGGGACUCAACCAAGCCAGCAAGGGUAGCGAAUGGAAUAUGGGUUUAUGGUGGCAGUAA